AUGGCGAAUCGCGAAACACGGUUGAUAAUUAUAAUUCUUUUACUUUACGACGUAGCUGCUAAACCGACCACUUACACUCCUCUAAACGAUACAGAUAAUAAUAAUGAGACUGAAGUUGAAUAUACAAUAAUAUACGACUCAACUUCAAAUGAAACAUCAAAAGAUUGGAACAACGGUAUCAUUUUAAAUGCAGAUGACAUUAUCAACGAAGCUGUUGCCAAUUCAACGGGAACAACAAACCCUGUAAGCCACAAAAAAACGUGUGACGUACUUAAUAUUACGAAUAGCAGUGAUACAAAAUCUAUUAAUUCUCAUAGCUUAGAUUCUAUUUACCUUAAUAAUAUUUAUUCGAGAGUGACAACGAAUCUCAUUGAAGAGAAAGUGACUGUGGACAUGAUAGACACUGAUGGUGUGAAUUUGUUUAGUAUAGUGAGCAGUGACUGUGGUGGUUCAAAACUAUGUCCAGUAAUGUACCGGAAUUGGACGGAUGAGAAGACUAUCACUAUUGGAUUUCUCGGAUCGUAUGGAAGGAGUCAGGUACGUCUUCAGAUAAUAUUUGAUUGCUCUUCGAAAGCUUAG